CACGGCCCCUUUUAUUCAGGAUCCGCCCGUGUGUUGCAAUCAAUCUUUGACAAUUUCUCGAGUACUUAUCUUCGCGAAACAAGAAGCCAAGCGGGGGAGGCCCGUUGAACUCGGGCCACCAGAGGCCCGACCCCCACGGGCCUGGCCCGAGGAGCGGGCCUCUAUCGCGCGUGCCCUCCCAGUCAGUCAGCCGGCCUACCAAAACAAGGCCCAUCGUCUUGAGUCUCGCAGGUAUAUAAGAACACACACGAAUAUCGGAUGCGCAUAUUACAUCACCUACAACACCAUGUCCUCUGAGACCUUCACUGUGCUGAACGACACCCGCCCUGACGAUACCACGCUUCCUGCGUUCAUGGUCUCGACCACGCGCGGAUUUCUGCCCCGUGCGGAGCCAGUCGUCGACCUGCCGGUCGAGUUCGUCGCCCUCGAGUCGAUCCUGGCGCGCAUGCCGAUCCAGACGCUCGAUGGCUCGCCCGGACUGCUCGCGCGCGGCAUGCUCGGCGAGACUGUGCUGAACGAGCUUCCCGAUUUGACGUGGGCGGUCGAGAAGUAUGCAGCCAACCUGCCGCUGCAGAACGCGCUCUACAGGGACUACUCCUUCCUCGCUUCUGCUUAUCUGCUCGAGCCUUGCCACCUGCGGUUCGUCAAGGACGGUGAAUACGGGCUGGGGCGCGAGGUCCUGCCCAAGAACAUUGCCAUCCCCAUCUCCCGAUGUGCGGAAAUCGCUGGCUUCAAGCCGUUCAUGGAGUAUGCCGGCUCCUAUGCGUUGUUCAACUACCACCUCGUCGAUCCAACCAAGGGUCUCGAGUACUCCAAUCUCCGUCUCAUCCGCGCUUUCGAGCGCGGACUGGACCCGAUGUCUUCCGAGGCUGGUUUCGUGCUAGUCCACAUCGACAUGGUCCGCAACUCUGGUCCGCUCGUCGCCGGGGUGAUGAGCGCUCUCGACUCCUGCGCUGCGGACGACCGCGCUUCCUUCGUCGAGGGACUCGAGGAAGUUGUGCGAGCAAUGUCCGUGGUCAACAAAGUCAUGGACGAGAUGUGGGGCAAGUCCAAGGCGACCGAGUACACCUCCUUCCGCACAUUCAUUUUCGGCAUCACCUCGCAGUCCAUGUUCCCCAACGGCGUCAUCUAUGAAGGCGUCUCGGCCGAGCCCUUCUCGUUCCGCGGCGAGUCCGGCGCCAACGACAGCAUGAUCCCGCUCUGCGACAAUCUGCUGCAGAUCACGAUGCCGUCCACGCCGCUGACCGCCAUCCUGAAGGACUUCCGAGCGUACCGGCCCGGGAACCACCGCCAGUUCCUCGAGUACGUCCACGACCGCUCGCGCGCGCUCAACCUGAAGCACUACGCGCUCGCCCACCCAGAGUCCGCCGCGGCGUACCUGCGCAUUCUGGACCAGGUACGCGACUUCCGGUGGCGGCACUGGUGUUUCACGCGCGAGUACAUCCUCAAGAAGACGCUGCAUCCCACCGCGACCGGAGGCAGCCCGAUCGUGACCUGGCUGCCCAACCAGCUGCUCGCAGUCCUGAAUGAGAUGGAGGCCGUCUGGGACGGCGCGGGCCGCGAGCUGGAUGGCUGCGAGGAUCUCAUGGAGCGGGCGCUGGUGCAGAAGGAGACCCUUAAGAAGGAAGUCGACAAGUAUGUCAAGGACCGCGGGGUUUGAUUGUGUAGCAGAACCUGUGAUAAGUCAAUGAACUCAUUUCUCGUAAUUAUGGAUCUUUCCUCGGAGCGAACACAGCAAGGCUUGCAGGAGUCUUGUGCUCGCCAUUUCAAAAGAGGUUCUCGACUAAGGAACCGCCAUAUGGCCUUCACAAAUUCCGCAGGCUAUCAUACUCAUCGGAG